CAUCAACAAACAAAAAGAUUCUCAAAGCUUCACGAGUCGAUGUGGUGAAAGCGAGCUCUGUUUACGGGUGAAGAAAUGCGUUCAGACGAUCAGGAGGAGCAAAAAGCAGUAAAAAUAGAGUUUAUUGAAGAUGACAGUGAGAACUGGAGGGAUAAAGAACUCUUAGUGAAGCAUGAAGACAUUGAAGAACAAAACGACCUCAUGGAAGACAAUAAGGAGAGUGAAGAACUCAAUGAAGAGGAGAAACAUCAUGUCAGACCUGAAGAAAAACAUUUGAGUUGCUCACAGAUUGAAAGCAAAUUUCCAUUGAAAAGAAACUUCACCUGCUCUCAGUGUGGAAAAACAUUCCCAUACAAAGCAAGUCUGACACGUCAUAUGAGCAUUCACUCUGGAGAAAAACCUUUCACAUGUGCUCAAUGUGGGAAGAGUUUCACAGAGAAAGCACGGCUUAUUGAUCACCAGAAAAUCCACACUGGAGAAAAGCCGCACACAUGUGAUCACUGCGGGAAGAGCUACCCAUCAAGAGGAAGUCUUAAAAAACACAUGAUAAUCCACGAAGAGAAGCAGCACACGUGCGUUUACUGUGAGAAGAGUUUCAUAAGAAAAGGAACCCUUAAUGAUCACAUAAAAAUCCACACCGGAGAAAAGCCGUAUACAUGUGAUCAAUGCGGGAAGAGUUUCACAAUAAAAGGACGGCUUAAUGAUCACAUGAAGAUCCACAGUGGAGAAAAGCCACACACAUGUGAUCAGUGCGGGAAGAGUUUCACACAGAAAGGAAACCUUCAUGAUCAUAUGAAAAUCCACAGAGGAGAAAAGCCGCACGCAUGCCUUCAAUGUGGAAAGAGAUUCACGCAAAAGGGAAAUCUUAUGGAGCACAUGAAAAUCCACACAGGAGAGAAGCCGCACACGUGUGAUGAAUGUGGGAAGAGUUUCACACAGAAAGGAAGUCUUAAGAAGCAUCUGCUGAUCCAUACUGGAGAGAAGCUGCAGAGAAGUGCUCAGAAUGAGAAUAAUUUAUCAGACAAAGAACAUCUUAAUAAUCACAUCUACACUGGAGAAAAGCUUCAUCCCUGUGAUCAAUGCGGGAAGAGUUUCACACAGAAAGCCAAUCUUAAUGACCACAUGAGAAUCCACACAGGAGAAAAGCUGCACACAUGUGAUCAAUGCGGGAAGAGUUUCACGAAAAGAGGAAACCUUAUUGACCACAUUAAAAUCCACUCUGGAGAGAAAGCGCACGCAUGUGAUCAAUGUGGGAAGAGUUUCACAUUAAGAGGAAACCUGAAAGAUCACAUGAAGAUCCACACAGGAGAGAAAGCACAUGCAUGUCUUCAGUGUGGGAGGAGUUUCGCAUAUAAAGCCAACCUUAAAGAUCACAUGAAGAUCCACACUGGAGAGAAGCCGUACACGUGUGAUCAGUGCGGGAAGAGUUUCACACAGGCAAACAAUCUUAAGAUACAUAUUCGCUCUCAUACUGGAGAAAGACCGUAUAACUGUGAUCAGUGCAGCAAAACAUUUGCUGGACCAGAAAACCUGAAGAACCACCUGAAAGUUCACACACAGGAGAAACCUCACGUGUGUUUGUGUGGAAAGAGUUUUCCUCGACUGACUGCUUUAAAGAAACACCAGAGAAGACACAAAGAAGGAUCAUCUGUGCUUUGAGUGUGUUUUUUAUUGUGUUUUCAUUUCUUACAGAUGCUAAACUCAGGAUGCCUCUUGAUCAGCUUUAUAGCUUCAGAAGUCAUGGAUCAGUUGGUCAUCUACAUGAAUCUGGCACUGGUAAGGACGUCCUCAUUGUACAACAUCAAAUCUGGAAUUUAUAAACAACAGCAGAACUAAUAUUGUCCAUCAUGUUAAGUUUACAAAGUUUUAAAAAAGUGCAUCAUAAUUAAUUAAUUAGAUUUUCAUUUACCUUAAACAUUUCAAUUGUGUUUUAUAUAUAACAUUUCAACAUUAGACAAGUAUAAAUGUUUGCUGGAUUGUUCUUAACCUGUCUAGCUAUUCUCGUUCAUGUUAAAUAUAAAUAUAUAAGAGUGUCUUUUAAGAAAAACGCCUCUCGUUUGUUUGAUGAUUUGGUUCACGUGAUUCAUGUUUUGCAUUUCCAAACUUCUGUUAAGGGAGCAUAUAAAUGAGCAUCGAUGUGACCUGAUUUUCAUGAUGCAUAGUGAGAGUUUUCAGGAGUGAACAUUUUAGUGCACUGGAAGAAUUUAGCAAUUAAGAUAGCACUUAAAAUGGUGACACCCUGAUCAGUGUCCUCCUGACUACUGAACAAGGGAGCUGAUUGAGACGCACCCUCAGACCUUCCCAGAGAAUUCAGACCUCACUGGUAUUUUUAUUGUAAGAUUCGGUCGAUCGGUAUAUGGCCUACAAGGAUUCAUAAUGGAGAUAAACCUUGUAAGUGUUGUGAUGAGAUUUAGUUGGACUGGAAAUUUGAAAAUACAGGAUUCAACCUGGAAAGUA